AAAACUGACACCCGAAUAGAUUACAUUAUUUGAACUGUCACCUUUUACCUAUGACCCCCCUUAUAACAGAAAACAUGGCUGCCCCCAUGCAACGGUUCACGUCGAUUUUGUGCCGUGUAUCGCCUUCAAUUUUACAGCCACUGCGACAGUACCAGUCAUGUCUGCAGAGACUUCCUGUGAGAGUGUAUCCAGGUGUCUCUUCAUUCCUUCCUCCAAGUCACUCAUUCUGCAAGGCAGUAUCACUCCAGGAUGCAGAAGCUGCUCAGGCUGAGGAGGCACUCUCCCGCUACCAAGACCGACCAUGGGAAUAUCUGGAGAGUGAAGAGUACAUAGAGCGGUAUGGAAGUCAUCCGGUAUGGUUUGGUUACAGGAGGAACCAUAAAGGAGGCAUUCCCCCUCAGAAGACACGCAAGACCUGCAUUAGAGGAGGAAAGAUCUGUGGAAACCCCUGUCCCAUUUGUCGGGAUCCAAAUGUUAUUGUCCAUUAUCAGAAUGUGAAGUUGCUAGAGCAGUUUGUCAGUCCCCACACUUGGAUGGUGUAUGAUCCUACCAGAACUGGUUUGUGUCAGAAACAGCAGAAGAAGCUGAAUGAGGCCAUCAACGUGGCACGAGAUCACGGGCUCCUCCCCUUCCAGAUCCCAUAUGUGGAAUUUACAGGAGAGGACUACUCCAACUCCCAUGGUGCUGUGACGACCACACCUCCUCCUCCAUCCUUAACUUCUGGUGAAACCUGGUAUAAAUGGUACGGCCAAAUAGUGCCUGAUGAGAAGGAAGUGGCUAAAGCAAAGAAGCUCUACAAGGACUAUUUAAAGUAGUAGGGACAACUGAUCAUGUUACUGUUCUUUAAUUUGUUGUACACGAGAUAAUGUUGUAUGGACCACUUAGUGAAAGUGCACAAUAAAAGACCCAAUGAAAAAGGAA